CCUGUGUUUGUAAAUCUACAAGUUUGUGUCAGCUGGCACAAAUGUUUGUCAUCUACCUUAAUCCCAACAAAAAACACAUAAACAUGACAUACCUUCCAAGAAAAAUAUAUUUUAACAGAAAAUUCUGUCUCUCUCUGGAGAGCGGCUCAUUGUUUGUCCACAAAAAUGGCCGCUCAUGUCCUUAUUGUUUUAUUUGUUUUUUUUUCAAUUACUUCUUGUGUUUCUGUUGGAGAUGAUCAAGUCCUUGUUGAAUUUAAAGAAUUGUUAUUAAAUACUUCACUUCUUGAUUCUUCUUGGAAAAAAGGAACAAAUCCUUGUGAUAAUAAUAACAAAUGGUUUGGUGUACAAUGUGAUAAUAAUAAUAAUAAUGUUAUUCAAGCCCUACUUCUUGGUGGGAUUGGCCUUUCUGGGAAUCUUGAUGUUGAUGUAUUAAUUAGCCUUCAAGGCCUUAGAGUUGUUAAUCUUGCUAACAACUCUUUCUCUGGAUCAAUUCCUGAAUUUUUUAGACUUGGUGCUCUCAAGUCUUUAUUCAUUGAUGGAAACCAGUUUUCCGGAGACAUCCCUCCAGAUUUCUUCUCCAAAAUGGCAUCUCUCAGGAAAAUAUGGUUCUCGCGCAACAAGUUUUCAGGGAAAAUCCCUGAGUCUUUAGCAAGUUUAAAAUAUCUUUUAGAACUUCAUUUGGAGAAUAAUGAAUUCACAGGAACUAUUCCAUCUCUGUCACAGCCUAACUUAGCAACUAUAAACUUGUCAAAUAAUAAAUUACAAGGUCUAAUCCCGCAAAGUUUGUCAAAGUUUGGUUCCAACCCCUUUCAAGGAAAUCCUGAUUUGUGUGGAAAUCAAAUAGGGAGAGAGUGUAAGGCUGUAACCUCUGGUGAAAAGUCUGAAAGUUCUGGAAGUACAAAGUGGAUAAUUGUAGGCUUAGUGGUUGUCUUGUUAUUGGUAGCUAUAUUAUUUAAGUCAAAGCGUAAGGAUGAUCAAUUUGAAAAGCUUGAAAAAGAGAACCUUGAUGAGGCUGUGAAGGUGCACCUUAACAAGAGAAGCAUGAGCACUCGCACCUCUAUGCGUUCAUCAAGGAAAGGACGCUCAAGAAGUGGCAGCGAUAUGGGUGAUCUAGUUGUGGUAAAUGAUGAAAAGGGUAUAUUUGGGAUGCCUGAUUUAAUGAAGGCAGCAGCUGAAGUCCUUGGUAAUGGAGGAUUGGGGUCAGCUUACAAGGCAGUAUUGGGGAAUGGAGUACUGUCUGUCGUGGUGAAGAGGUUGAGGGAAACCAAUAAAUUUAAUAAGGAAUGUUUUGAUGCAGAGAUCAGACGACUCGCUAGGAUAAGGCACAAGAACAUAUUGCAACCAUUAGCAUACCAUUACACGAAAGAGGAGAAGUUGGUGGUGUCUGAAUACAUUCCCAAAGGCAGCCUGUUAUACCUAUUACAUGGUGAUCGGGGGACAGCACAUGCUCAGCUAUAUUGGAGUAUCUGCGUUAAAAUCAUCCUGGGAGUUGCGAAUGGAAUUAAAUUUCUUCAUUCAGAGUUUGCAUCAUAUGAUGUACCUCAUGGGAAUCUUAAGUCUAGCAACAUUCUUCUUUCUGCAAAUAAUGAACCACUUCUGGCAGAUUAUGCGUUUUAUCCACUAGUCAACAAUUCGCAAGCUGUCCAAUCUCUUUUUGCUUAUAAAUCCCCAGAAGCCAUACUAAACCAACAAGUCACUCCAAAAAGUGAUGUAUAUUGUCUUGGAAUCAUAAUUCUUGAAAUCCUAACUGGGAAAUUCCCAUCACAAUAUCUGAGCAACCAAAAGUUUACUGGAACUGACGUUGCACAAUGGGUGCAGUCAGCAAUUGAAGAGAAUAGAGUAUCAGAAUUGAUUGAUCCAGAGAUAGAAACAGAAAAGGAUUUCCUUGAAAUGAUGGAGAAGUUCCUUUAUAUAGGAGCUGCAUGCACUGAGAGUGACCAUGAUCAUAGAAUCGACAUGAAGGAAGCCAUAAGGAGGAUAGAAGAGAUAACAGAUUUAAUGUAGUGAUUGGUUAGAUGUUUCAGUUUAUUUUAGGGAGGAGAGUACGGAAACCUGUUUGACUUCUCCAACGUCUAAUGAGCUCUUCCCAGUAGAGUCUCUGGGCAUUUUACGUUCCCUGAGAUGAAUGCACGUAUCGAACUGGUGUGACAUGGUCGUGGAUACUUUGUGAGGAUUCUUCAACAUGCACUUAAUGUUAGUAGGAAACCCAUAUCAAGAAUUACACAAACUUGUAUAUAUAUUGGAUACAUAACAUUAUGCAUUUUCAAUUUUUCUCUUUAGUUCAUUGUUUUCAGGUAACCAAUGCACAUACUCUCUAUCUACAGCUUCUGUCUUGAUAGAACAUGGAAGGAAGGCCUGUUAAAAUAUCAAGUGACUAGACCAAAAGUAAAUCUAAAGACUGCCAUCUCUGCUGCAUCAAAAGAAGCUCACUCUUUAUUAGAUAUGCUAGAACCAAAUAUCGAACUUCAAAGUACACCUCUAUCAUCAAGUGUUCCAAGUUCAACAAUGUCAAAAGCAGAAGCCAUGAAAAAAAUUCCAGUUCCAGCCGAACAGGAGCGGUGAAUGGAAUUUUAUUCCAGCCAAAAGGAACAGUGAGAUGUUUGGAUGGAUCAUGACUGAUGAGAUGCUAACAAAUUUAGUUUAGUGGUACCUCAUCUUCCCAACAAGAGGUUCUUAAAAGUUCUUGUCAUGUUAAUGUAAAUAGUAGAUGAAAAGUAGGUCCAUCAUAAAAUUUAAAUCAGAAUCACAGUUGUCCCAUUUGUUUCUGUCCUUCAUAGUUUCAAAUGCUUCAUCUUCACCAUCAGUUUCAAGCACAUUUAAUUUCCUUGGUCCAAGUACUUCUUUUUCAAGUGGUAGCUCUUGGACUCGACGCUUAUGGAUAGAGCUGUCAAAUAGGCAUGUUGGGUUAACUUGAAACUAUCCUUUUGUGCAGUGUUAAAACUUGGUAAAUAUUGUAUACACAUUCUAAA